CCCCAGCCCGCAUCAUUGCCUGCUCGCUCUCUUGGUCCCUUUUAUGCACCCGCGCGGCCCACCCUCCUGACGUCUGCUCACCUGCCGCCGUCCGUCACUCUGUCAACUGUCACCACCACUACUACACACCAAACGCUGUUCAACACUUGACUGCCGCCUCUCCCGGAUCCAUGGUACCCGCUGCGUCGUCGACGUGACACACUCUCCCUUCGGGGCACUGAUCAGAAACGAAAAAAAAAACCCAUCGCAUCGCAAUCUGAAUCCCAACCGCCAACAUGCCCGGCAUCCUGCCUAUGAAAGUCAUCAAGGUCGGCACCAACAACCAGACCCGCAUUGCCCAGGCCUGCGACCGAUGUCGCUCGAAGAAAAUACGGUGCGACGGCAUUCGUCCGAGCUGCACCCAAUGCCUCAACGUCGGAUUCGAGUGCAAGACGAGCGACAAGCUCAGCCGCCGCGCCUUCCCGCGCGGAUACACAGAGUCGCUCGAGGAGCGAGUGCGCGCGCUGGAGGCUGAGGUGCGCGAGCUGAAGGAGCUCCUGGACGAGAAGGACGAGAAGAUCGACAUGCUCUCGAGGAUACACUCGCACUCGCACUCCACGCCGAGCAAUCCCUCUCCAAGGCGAUCGUCAGCUACGCCGACGCCUACUACAGAAGCUCGCGAGGAAUCGCAGGAGAAGGACGACGUGUUCAAGGUGCAGCAGUCGCCGCUGCUGCUCGACGACGAGAACCGCGACACCUACUUUGUCGGAAGCUCUAGCGGAAGGGCAUUUAUUGAGUCAUUCAAGCAACGAGCGCAGGAGACCGGCAGGUCGUGCUCAGAUGUUAACUCUAAUGCGUUCUUCGGCACCGGUUCCAAACCAUCGGCGCCGCACUCACCAAAGCGCAUCGUCGCAUUCAAGGCGCCGCCUCGUCUGGUCUCUGACCAGAUGAUAAAUAUUUUCUUCCAGGAAUGGGCGCCGUUGUUCCCUGUCCUGCACCGCCCGACCUUCCUCACGCUGUACGAGCAGUAUGUCUCCAGUCCCGAGACCAUGGUUGACAAGAAGUCAAUCGCCAAACUUAACCUUGUGUUCGGGAUCGCUGCGCUGUCAAGCGACCCGCGCGACGGCCAAGACGUCGAGUCCUACGAAGCACAGUGGCAGAAUGGCAUCGAGAGCUUCCUGAUGGACAAUGACGUCGCUACUCUGCAGUGUCUCGUGCUUGCGCAGAUCUUCUGCCUUCUCAAGGCUGAUUAUUCUCGGCUCCUUAAGUACAAGGGCCUCGCCAUUGGCCUGUCGCAACGUCUCGGCCUACAUCAAUCCCAGAAGCGCUUCGCCCUUGGCGCACUGACAAGCGAAACAAGGAAGAAGGUGUUCUGGUCGCUCUACACUGUUGACUGCUUGUCUGCAGCGCAUCUCGGUCUCCCCAAGCUCAUCCGAGAGGAAGAUGUGCACUGCGAGUACCCGGUUGAUGCCGAUGACGAAUAUGUCACCGAGAAAGGCUUCCUUCCGACUCUUCCAGGGGAGUUCACCAAGCUCUCCAGCGCCCUGGCGCUAUUCCGAGUGUCCCGGAUCCUAUCGAAAGUUCUCGUGGCGCUCUACCCCGCUUCCGCAUCACAUGAGAUCUCCUUCCGCACCAUGGCCUCACUUGCCGACGACUUGGAAGAGUGGUCUAACAAUCUCGCGCCUCACCUCAAGCUGAUAUUCCAGCAAGACAAGCCGAGCACGAAUGUCACGAGCAGCAGGUCGCCUAUUCUGUCCUUGGCGUACCACCACAUCCGAUCGCUCAUCUACCGACCAGCCGUUGUCGCCAACCUUGGCGAUAAGGCCUCUUCGGCAAUGGUCGCCGUCGGCGACUCAUGCAAGCAUAUUGUCCAAAUCAUCCAGCUUCUCGACGAGCGCAAGCUGAGCUUCUCGUUCUGCCUGAACCGAAAUGAGGUUCUCGUCCAAGCUGGCUUCGGCCUUCUGUUCCAGACCCUCAACCUGGAUCGCGACGGAAAGCUAAUCAAGGACUGCAACCGGCUGACAUGCGCCGUCAUGGAUAUGCUCGACCUUGGAACCGCUGCUGGAGCCCAUGAGUUCAGGCGCGUAGGUUGCAGCUUUAUCGCCAUCCCGCGUGUUGAGCAGAUUCCCCCUCCCGCCUUGUCCCGGCACAACUCGGAAGGAACGAUGGGCGCGCCUCUAGACACCUUCCGUGCUACACAAAAGUCCCUCAAGGCACUCGCGGCACGCUUCUCGCCUAGUGCUAUGAAAGCUUGCCGCCAGGACCCGAAGGAACCGCGUCGCGCUACCCUUCCGGCCAUCUCACCGUCCAUGGGUGUGCACACCAACCCGUCUUCGACCAGCCUGUCGUCCAUCCGCUCCGAGCCAGCCGUUGCCCGGUCGGAACCCACGCUUAGCCCCUUGACCCAUCGCUCUUCGCUCUCUGUACAUACUAAACGCCGACCCAGCAAUGUUCUUCGACAGAAUCCCAACAUUGACUUCCUCUCAUUCGGCCCUGACCCGCUCGCCCACUAUCACAUGGGUCCCGGCAAGCCUGAAGUCUCGCCUUCUGACUGGGAACGUCUUCUCUCGUCACUCGAUAAUGGUCAAACUAACAUAUACGAUACCAUCUACGGCGGCCCGCCAGCAGACGCGCUGCUCGACUGCCCGCCUCUCUCCGCCGGUGCCGAGACCAACCUGACCUGGUCACCGAAUGCGUGGAAUUGGAGUAGCUACAGCGAGCAGGCGCCCCCGCCACAGAGCGUUCUCAGCUUUAGCGACGAGAGCCUAACGAGUGGAGAGGAAUUCGCAACGUCGGUCGGCGAGUAUGGAUCGACCCCUGGUAGCGAGAAGAUCUACCAAGGCAUCAUGAUUCCCGACAUGAGUACACCAAACAGUGCCAUCGGGCUGACUGGAUUGGACGGAAAUUUUGGCUUGUAACAACACGGGUACGGAAUAAAAAGAUCACGCCGACAUGACGGUUGGGCAUUACCGGUGAUGGCUGGUCUGGAUCUGGUAAAUAUGGUGUCAAGGGGUUGAGGAGUUUAAGAUUGCUUGGGGACUUUUUCCUUUUCGCUUUUCUCUUGCUUGUUUUGGUUUGAUCCGUCGCUUUUGGGUGUGUUCUGUUUCUCCUUCACUUCUUGAGAUACCAUUGCCUCGCAUCUUGCGUGUGCGCGCGCCGAUAGCUUACGGCCGAGUUUGUUAUCCGUUUUGGCUCGUUGGAGCUGUACACUCCUUCCCGCAACGUUCCUUUUAGGCUUGGUUGGCUAUUGUUUACUGAGAUUGUUUUGAGCUAGGAAUAUAGCGAUGGCAGGGGGAAUAUACUGUUGACUUGAAAAUAGCGAAUGUAAUUGGCACAUGCACCUAUAG